AAAAAAAAAAAAGAACCAGUUCAGAUUUUUGUGCUUUUUCUUCUGUAAAACUGCAUGUUUUUUUGAUUGAUUUGCUUUUUAGAAGCCAUGAAAGCUACGGCUUGAAGCUUUUAUCCAACUUUUGUGGGUUUUUUUUUUGCUCUGUUUUGGUCUCUGUUUUUUCUUACAACUAAAAACACUUUUUGUCUUCAAAAUCUCGAAACCCUUUUUUCUGUUCAUCAUCUUAGAUCAUCGAAGCUUCUUAUUGGUAAUCGAAUCUGAUUUUCUCAGAAGAAUUUUCUCGGAAGAAUUUUCUCGGGAAAGUUUUGAGUUUCUGCUCUGUUUUUCUUCUCUGGGUAUUCGAACAAUGCAAGACCUGUCAAUGUUUCAGCCGAUUAAACCCCAAUUUCCCGAACAAGAGCAGCUUAAAUGCCCUCGUUGUGAUUCUACCAACACCAAAUUUUGCUAUUACAAUAACUACAAUCUUUCUCAGCCUCGUCAUUUCUGUAAGAAUUGCCGUCGGUACUGGACUAAAGGCGGCGCUCUUCGGAACAUCCCUGUCGGCGGCGGAACCCGGAAGAACUCCAAGCGUCCGGCGGUAGCUACUGUUAAACGGCCGCCGUCUUCCUCAUCUUCGUCUUCUUCGACCUUGACGAAUUCGAACCCGAUCCGGGGUUACGGCGGCGGGUUGGAUAUUCCGGGGAGCUUGAGUUCAUUACUGGUGUCGAAUGGGCAAUUUGGGAAUCUUUUGGAGGGUGUCGAUCCUAAUCAAUCGGAGAUGAAAAUGGUGGAAUCGGGUGAAUUUUCAGAGAAUUUGGAUUCUGAGGGUGGCCGGAAAUCUGCAGCGGAGGAACAGAACACCGGCAUGCCGGGAAAUUAUUUGGGUGUUCUGCAGAACAGCGAUUCUAGUUGUUGGACCGGCGGCGGGAGUAAUGGGUGGCCUGAUCUUGCCAUUUUCACACCAGGGUCAAGUUAUCAGUAAACAGAGAUGAAAACAGAGAAGAAAAAUCCGCCAUUGUUGAUGGAAUUAAGCUUCUGUCUGGUGCUGAUUAUGGAAAAUUAGAAUCAUGUGGUUAGAUGAAGAAGAAGGUGUUCUUGUCCUUUUUUUAA